GCCGCGCGAGCCUGGGCCAUGGCUGAAAGCGGCCGGACACCUCAGGCCCGGGCGCUCCUGCAGCAGUGCCUGCACGCCCGGCUGCAAGUACGCCCGGCCGAGGGGGACUCCGCGGCCCAGUGGGUGGAGGUUCAGAGAGGAUUAGUGAUCUACGUGUGUUUUUUCAAGGGAGCUGAUAAAGAACUUCUUCCCAAAAUGGUUAACACACUGUUAAAUGUGAAGUUAAGUGAAACAGAAAAUGGCAAGCACGUCUCUAUAUUGGACCUACCUGGCAACAUUCUUAUCAUCCCUCAAGCCACCCUUGGGGGAAGAGUAAAAGGAAGAAGCAUGCAGUAUCACUCUAACUCUGGAAAAGAAGAAGGGUUAGAACUUUAUUCCCAAUUCGUGACUUUAUGUGAAAAAGAAUUAGCUGCUAACAGCAAGUGUGCUGAAGCUGGAGUUGUGGUGCAACAUGGCACUUACGGGAACAGGCAGGUGUUAAAGCUGGAUACCAAUGGGCCAUACACACACCUGGUUGAGUUUUGAAAAAUUAAAGAAAAGUUAGUUUCUACAGUUGUUUUCUGGUAUAAAGUAAUCUGGACUGUAAUUAGAUCUCCUCUCUCUCCCCCGUUCUUGAAUACACGAAUCUGCAGCAUUUUAAACAAGAAAAUUUUGGGUCCCAUCCAUAACUCCGCAACCUGCUAAUUGAAUCACCUUGCCAGUCACCUAAACUCUGGAUCCCAGUCACUCUUCAUUCUGCUUUCCCCUACACUUCGACUUGAAAUUUUGAGAAAUGCUUUUCAUUCACUUUAUGGUCAUUGUGAAAUGUUCUUAGAGUAUUUAAGUAUUUUGCAAUGAAGAGUAUUAUGCAAUCAAAAAAUAAUACAUUUAUACUCUCAAAUGUAUGUAGUAUGUAAUAAAAAAUAACUACUAAAA